AUCUCCGGCGAGCUGCAUUGUUGCCGUUUCUUCCAUUCCGGCGAGCUUCCGGCGAGCUGCGGUGAGACAGGAUACAAUGAGUGAGAACGUGAACAUAUAUUUUAAAUGCAAAGGUCGCAUGUAUACCUUGGUGAUGAAGACAUCAGGGGAGAAUAUAACUCUCUCCAUGUUAGUAGGUAGGAUAUGCACGAAGCUUGGGUUAGAUGAAAGUAAGGUUAAAUUGCAACUGAGGUAUAAUGCAGUGUUGUUGGGAUCAACUGAAGAGAUUUACAUUUGUGAUGAUGAGGAUGUCGGUGUCUAUAUAUCUUCAGGUGAAAAUAACCGUCGAUAUGUUUUGUAUGUGGAGGUCAUCACUCCACCAGAAUUGCCCGAGCAACUGUCGAGAGUGGAGGUCAUCAAUAAAAGUUCGGUUGGUAAGAACUAUGCGGAAUUGGAUCCAAAAGAGGAUGAAAUGAGAGAUAAUGCUGCCAUCGUUUUGUGCGAAUGUGAGGAACAAGGAACAGAACCAAAAGAGGCAAUAGUGGAGGUUGAUGAUACUCAAGAUGCUGAGAUUGGAUCACAGGAUGAAUCUAUGGAUAUACAUGAUGAUAGGGGUGAUGAAUACGUUGAGCCACCGCCUGUUGUAGAAGCUGGUCGGUUUAAAAAGGAAUGGGAAGACGGUAUUGGUUUGAUUUUACGACAAGAAUUUCCAAGCAGGGCGGCAUUGCAGGAAGUGGUGGACAAAGGUGCAUUUGCUAACAGUUUUGGUUAUGUUAUUAAAAAGUCUGAUAAGGAGCGGUAUUUGCUAACGUGUGCUAAAGAAAGCUGUGCUUGGCGUAUACGAGCUACAAAUAUUCGGAAUACAAGUAUUUACUCGAUUAGAAAGUACAACAAGAUGCAUACUUGUACCCGGUUAAGUAAGAGUAAGACAAGGAUGAGGAAGAGGAAAGGUACCCCUGAAUUAGUAGCAGCGCUUCUUCAUGAUAUUUUUCCAGGACAAAUGGAAACUCCAGUUCCUAAGGUUAUCAUGGAGCUUGUUCAGACGAAAUUAGGUGUGAAGAUAUCGUACUCCACCGCAUUGAGAGGGAAAAGGCAAGCCAUUUGUGAUUUAAAAGUUGUACCCGAUACUCCAGAAUUGGUAUUUAUGAGUGACAGAAAUUCAAGCCUCAUCAAAGGCAUACGUAAUGUGUAUUUCGCGGCUCAUCACGGGUAUUGUAUUUGGCAUUUAUCCCAAAAUGUGAAAGGUCAUGCCACUAACGUCAACAGAGACGUAGUCGCAUGGAGAUUCAUGGAGUUAAGUCGGGUUUACACCAUGGCUGAAUUCGAGAGGGAGUACAGAAUUUUUAAGCUAAGAUAUCCUUCUGCGGCCAAUUACUUGGAGGAUACAACCGUGAAAGAAAAAUGGGCUAGGUGUUGUUUCAGAGGACAGCGAUACAAUUUGGACACAAGCAACUGUGUGGAAUCUUUGAAUUCAGUUUUCCUCAAUGCAAGGAAGUAUUCUUUAAUACCCAUGCUUGAUGCGAUCAUGUCCAAGAUUUCUGUUUGGUUUAAUGAACAUCGGAAAGAAGCCGCGUCAGGAUCUAAUGAGAAUAAGUUGGUGCCUUUAGUGGAGAACUACUUGCAUGAUUUAUGGGUUGAAGCUGAGAAACUAAAAGUGACGGAGCUAAACACAUUCCAGCUUGAAUACAAUGUCAGGGGUAGUGAAGGGAAAGAAUAUUUUGUCAACUUGCUCUUGAAAACUUGCAGUUGCAAGGUGUUCGAUAUCCAAAAGUAUCCUUGUGUGCAUGCACUAGCCGGUUUCAUUGCCUUCGAGAGCGAUACAACAAGAACUCGAAGUAUGGAAAUACAUGAAUUGGUUUCAAAGUAUUAUUGGGCGGAGAUGUGGGCAUUGGCGUAUUAUAGGACUAUUUAUUUAGUCCCGGAUAAGUCACAAUGGGAUAUCCCAGAUGAGAUCAAAGCGUUGAAGAGAGACCCAUGGUAUGAUGAGAUGAAGAACGCUAAGAGGAUUUAUGAUCAAUUAGAAGAAGUCGGAAUGAUGGAAGGAAUUCCGAAGAGAUGUCCUUGUGGUGGACGCAUCCUCGACAAGAUCUCUGAGAACGAUGGUGACAAAGGGAAGAGAUACUAUCAAUGCAACGUGUAUAAGAAUGAUGGUUUACACAUUCGGAAACUUUGGGAUAAAGCUAUGGAAGAAGAGGUGACUAACUUAAGGGAGGAGGUUGAUACCCAUCACAAAAAGAUUCAAAGCUUGGAGUACUAUCAAGAAGAAAUGCGUUCGGAGUUGAAAGGUAAUGGUAAGGAGACCCAAAAACUGAAGGAGUUAGUCGCUCAUCUAGCGGAGAAAAUGCGUUCGGAGUUAGUCGCUCACUAAUGUGUAAGCUUAUUCUUUGCUUUGUAAGACUUGUCUAU